CAACUGUUCUCAUCAGACCCCUCCCUGAUGAAGCCAAAUCCUGGGGCCCCCAAACCUGUCCAACCAGUCGUAAGGAAGAAGGGGGUACUGGGCAGGGCCGGAGGCGGUGCCCCCAGCCGAGCACAGGCUGAGCUGCUGAGGCCACAGACACUGUAGAGACAUCUGAGGACAGAUGCGGACAGGUACUUGGAUGCUCCGCCCGGCCAUGGGGCUCAGUGGACGGUCGCUGCUUCUGUCCCCACUGUGGCUGCUGUUGACCUGGGUCCAGCCUGGGGCCAGUGUGGAGCGCAUCAGCUAUGUGCCCCGGCUCUCAGGUGCCAACCUGGCGGGGAAAGUCACCCAGUCCACCUUCACAUUGGAGCAGCCGCUGGGCCAGUUCGACCGUACCAGGAUCUCUGACUUUGACCCCAUCUGGCUGGUGGUGGCCUACAGUAAUGCCACCCAGGACUUCACUGCCCCACAGAAGACAAAGGACAUUCCGGUCCCUGCCACCUUUACCCAGAAAGGCUACUACCUUACACUGCCAGCCCAGCGGCUGCAUUACCAGAGCAGCCCAGCCAGCAGCCAGCUCCGUGUCCUCCGUGUUGGCAAUGACACUCACUGUUCCCCCUUGAAAGAGGGCUGCAACCCUCCCCUGCCAGACUCGGGACCAUACAGGGUGAAGUUUCUGGUGAUGAAUGACCAGGGACCUGUGGCUGAAACCGAGUGGUCCGAUGAGACCCGCCUGCAGCAAGCCAAGAUAUUCGAGGCUGUCCCAGGGUCCCAGAGUGAGGGCACCGUGGUCAUCAUUGCCAUCCUGUCCAUCCUGCUGGCCAUCUUCCUGGUGGUCCUCCUGGUCUUGCUCGUGUACACCUGCUUUGACAGCUGCAGGAGCACUCGCAUUUCCAGCCCCCACGAGCAGGAGAGCAUGAGGAGAUACAACACCCACCACAUGUGCAGCUCUGCAGCUGAGAGGGGCUCCUGAGUGGCUCUGGGGCCCCCAGCUGCCUACUGGUGACCUCUCUUUCUGGGAUGUAAAGUCCCAGCCAAGCUAAGCCCUGCAAGGUCCGGAGCCCUGAGAGAGUUCCACUAGUGACCAGAGAGCGCACCCUUUCCUCCAUGUGAGGGCCAGUGCUAUGGGAAAUAAAUGUCCCCUGCUUGUCUGUGA